GUUGGCGGGGUCUGCAGAGCGGAUUCCAGUAGCUGACGGUUCCGUGUUGUCCUCGGGUCUCCUUUCAGGAGUUUCCUCCAGCUUGAUGCCUCCUGUCAUAAUUUGUAAUUUUCCAGUUUAACUAUUAAUAGAGUCCUUUAAUAUCGACAAUCUGCUUGUAAUUCAUGAAUUUCGUCGAGAAUUACCUUUUGCUGCCUGAGAUUUUGAUAUUUGCACUUUAUUUUUUUUAGCGAUAAGAAUUACGUAAUAUUCUUAUCGGUCGCUUAAAUAUCUUCCCGAGCCGAGAGCCCUAAACUCUAUUAUGUAAGCAGAGAGAAAACGCGCUUGCUUGUUCAAUUUAGACGCGUUGGCAUUUCUCACCAGGCGAUGGGUUCGGUAGAGAGCUACAUUUUCUCUUAGGACGCUGAGGCGUGGGGUUUCUUUCUCUUAUUUCUCUCACCGGUGCGCAUUCAGACGAUGACAGGUUGAUCAUAAUAUUUUACCCCCAAAGAUGUUCAUCAAGCAAAUUAUCAUCCAAGGCUUUAAGAGGUAGGUGAGGGGGGAGCCAUUUCCUCAGUUUGUAAAGCGCCUUUGCUAACGGCAUAUCGUAUAAUAGCUACAAAGAUCAAACGGUCAUUGAACCGUUCUCUCCAAAGCACAAUGUGAUUGUUGGCCGUAAUGGCUCCGGCAAAAGUAAUUUCUUUGCUGCCAUUCGAUUUGUUCUUAGUGAUGCCUAUACACACAUGGGAAGGGAAGAGCGCCAGGCGCUGCUACAUGUAUGUAUACCGAGUCGCCCACCCCUCAAAUUUAUAUGCGGCUGCUAAUAAAAGUAGGAGGGCUCGGGUUCCGCGGUUAUGUCAGCGUACGUUGAGAUUAUAUUCGACAAUUCGGACGACCGUUUCCCAACAGGCAAGGAUGAACUCAUACUGCGCCGUACCAUCGGUUUGAAGAAAGAUGAAUACACCUUAGACCGGAAGAAUGCCACCAAGUCUGAUGUCAUGAAUCUACUGGAGUCUGCUGGAUUCUCGAGGUCGAACCCCUAUUACAUUGUCCCACAGGGUCGAGUGACAACUUUGACGAAUAUGAAAGAUUCUGAACGUCUAGUACUCCUGAAAGAAGUCGCGGGAACUCAGGUUUAUGAAGCGCGUCGUACGGAAUCUUUGAAGAUAAUGAACGAGACCAACAAUAAACGAGCAAAGAUUGAUGAAUUGCUGGAUUAUAUCAACGAGAGGCUUGGGGAACUUGAAGAAGAAAAAGAUGAACUUAGGAAUUUUCAGGAGAAGGAAAGGGAGAGACGGUGCCUCGAAUACACCAUUUAUUCUCGAGAACAAGCCGAGAUUGCGAGCGCUCUGGAAAGCAUUGAUGACCAAAGACAAGCUGGGGUUGAAGAUACGGACGCUAAUAGAAACAGGCUGAUGCAGGGAGAGAAUGACAUUGCUCAAAUAGACACCCAAAAGGCAGAGCUCAGGCAACAAAUGGAGCUUCUGAAGCUGGAAAAGGACCAACUGGAAGAUGAUAGGCGCGAUGCAUCUCGGGCACUCGCGCAAGCCGAAUUACAGCGCAAAUCCCUGUCAGAAGGCCAGAGCGCUGCUCAAAGGUCAAAAGCCGAGCGUGAAGCGAACGUCGAACGAGUAAAUGCUGCCAUCAAGGAGCGUGAGGAAGAACUAAGUACCUUGCUUCCCCAGUUCAACGAAAUGAAAGAACGGGAAGACCAGGCGAAAUUUAGUUUGAAUGAGGCUGAAACAGGGAGACAGCGUCUAUAUGCAAAGCAAGGGCGAAUUUCCAGGUUCCGAAACAAAGGGGAACGUGAUAAUUGGCUGCAGAGUGAAAUACAGAAUACUUAUGCCCAAGUCUCUACUGUUAAGGCUGUUCGAAUGCAGACAACCAAGGAAAUCCAAGAACUAGAAAAUGACAUCCUCCUUCUAGAGCCAGAGGUUGAGAAACUUCGAAAGGAAGCUGAUGGCUGGGGUGACAACCUUCAAUCUAUUGAUCAAGAAGUUCAAACCGCAAAAGAUGAACGGGAUAGGCUAAUUGAUCAGCGAAAGUAAGUCUCCACGUAUUACCUCAUUUCCAUGUGCUAUAUCUAACAUUUGAGUAUAGAGAGCUCUGGAGAGAAGAGGCUAAGCUAGACUCAAUUCUCACCAAUGCCACCCAUGAAGUAGAAAGAGCAGAAAGAGCACUUGCCCACAUGAUGGACCAAAAUACCAGCAGGGGCCUUGCAGCAGUACGACGAAUCAAACGGCAAUAUAACCUUGAGGGUGUUUAUGGAACGCUUGCAGAGUUAUUUGACGUUAGCGAUAGAUAUCGUACGGCCGUCGAAGUCACCGCUGGUCAGAGCCUUUUCCAUUAUGUUGUCGAUACGGACGAGACAGCUACCAAAGUCCUAGAGAUAUUGCAAAAGGAAAAGUCAGGAAGAGUCACUUUCAUGCCAUUAAACAGACUUAAGCCGAGAGCUAGCAAUAUUCCUCGGGCUAGUGACACAAUUCCAAUGAUUGAAAAACUGCAAUAUGACCCUCAGUAUGAGCCCGCUUUUCAACAAGUUUUUGGAAGGACGAUUAUCUGUCCUAAUCUUCAGAUCGCAUCCCAGUAUGCUCGCAGUCAUGGCGUCAAUGCCAUUACCCCUGAAGGUGAUCGAUCUGACAAGCGCGGUGCUCUUACUGGUGGUUUCCAUGAUUCAAGGAAGUCUCGACUUGAUGCAACAAAGAACGUUGCGAAAUGGAGAGACGAGUAUGAUGCGAAGAAGGCUCGUGGUGGAGAGAUCCGGCGUGAGCUGGAGAAGAUGGACCAAUUGAUUACACAGGCAGUUGGUCAUCUUCAAAAAGCAGAGCAAAAACGCCAGCAGCUCCACUCCAGCAAUGGUCCCUUACGUCAAGAGAUCAAAAGCAAACGGGAUCUAUUGCACAACAAAACUGACGCUCUUGAAGCAAAGCGGCGCGCUCUUAAGAAUAUUGAAGCCAAUGUUGAUUCGCUCACUAGCCAAAUAACAGCUCAUGAGGAGGAACUUGCUACACCUUUUGAGAAAGCACUUUCGAAUGCCGAGGAGGCACGGUUAGAGAGCCUCAACUCUAUGGUGCAGGAUCUUCGGCGAGAGCAUGCCACACUAUCUAGUAGCCGCAGUGAGCUAGAAACCCGGAAAUCAAUCUUGGAAGUUGAGCUACGUGAAAACCUUUAUCCACAGCUGGAUCACCUAGCUGGCCAAGGUCUAGAUGCUGGCGAAGAGACUGUUCAGGGGAAUUUGAAAGAGAGUGAGAGGGAGGUCAAGAAACAACAGAAGGCACUCGAGAAACUCAGCCAGAAACUUCAAAAACUGGAGAAUACCAUAGAACAACAAAACAACGAAGCUUUACAGCUUGAACAGCGUCGAGCGGAUAUAAAACGCGAGCUGGAGGAAUUCGCUAAAUCCAUCGAAAAGCACCAACGCCGCAUGGAAAAGAGUAUGCAGAAAAAGGCAGCGUUGACUGCUCAAGCUCUGGAAUGCAGCGCUAACAUUCGCGACCUUGGCGUGCUUCCUGAUGAGGCCUUUACUAAAUUCAAAAAUACAGACUCCAACACAAUUGUCAAGAGGCUGCAUAAAGCCAAUGAAGCUCUCAAGAAAUAUUCGCAUGUCAAUAAGAAGGCGUUUGAGCAGUACAACAGCUUCACGAAGCAGCGAGAGACCCUUACCAAACGUCGGGAAGAACUUGAUGCAUCCCAUAAGUCCAUUGACGAGCUGAUUAUGAUCUUGGAUCAAAGAAAGGAUGAAGCCAUUGAACGAACCUUCAAGCAAGUUUCAAGAGAGUUUGCAAGGAUAUUCGAGAAGCUAGCCCCCGCCGGUCGAGGACGACUUAUCAUCCAGAGGAAAACCGAUGCUGCCACUCGACAGCAGGAGGACAUGGACUCCGAUGAAGAGGAGGCUCGCCGUAGCGUAGAGAACUACAUCGGCGUCGGCAUCAGUGUUAGUUUUAACAGCAAACACGAUGAUCAGCAGAGAAUCCAGCAGCUUAGUGGUGGCCAGAAGAGUAUGUAUAUCCAUUUAACGACCAACUAUAAAAAAAGAAAGGCUAACAUUUCACAGGUUUAUGCGCGCUUGCUCUUGUCUUUGCAAUUCAGGCUUGCGAUCCUGCACCUUUUUACCUCUUUGAUGAAAUUGACGCUAAUCUUGACGCCCAAUAUCGAACCGCCGUGGCCCAGAUGCUCCAGUCCAUAUCGGAAGAAACCAAUGGCCAGUUCAUCUGUACAACAUUCCGACCCGAGAUGCUCCACGUUGCAGAGAAGUGCUAUGGCGUAAGCUUCCGUAGCAAGGCCAGUACCAUUGAUGUCGUCUCGCGUGAGGAGGCCUUGAAGUUUGUGGAUGAACAGAAAUCUUGAAUGCAGCCAUGGUUAUUUACGUAUAUCUGUGCUAUAUUUGUUGAUUUCCCUUUAUUCUUGACUACUGCUGCCUCAGCGUAUAAUUCUAUAAUGAUGGGACGGCGUUAAAUUUGCGCUGGUGUUUGUGUGUCCGCCUUGAUUUGCGGUAUCAAUAUAUCUGUUCAUGACGCUCCAAGAAUUCUAUUCCCCUGCC